CCUUCACCUACCUCAAGUUCCUCCAGACACAACCACCACCGGCGCCAAUGCUAUGCUCCCAAUGAGGAAUGCCACUCCGCCUCUUCCCUCUGCCACGUCCGCAGGCUCACACAUAUCCACCAUGCCUCCGCCCUCGUCUCCUCCCCCCCUCAACCACCUCCAAACCGCGGCCCUUCCACGCAUCCACCGCUCUCAAAACGGAUAACCCCCUCCCCAACCACUACGAAAUCCUCGAACUCCAGCCCUCCGCCUCCGCCCCCGAGAUCAAGCGCCAAUUCUUCGCCCUCUCCAAACUCCACCACCCAGACCGCAACCCCGCCGACCCCACCGCCUCGACCCGCUUCGUGCGCCUCUCCGAAGCCUACCACGUCCUCUCCUCCCCCGCCAAACGCUCCGCCUACGACGCGCAGUACCACGCCCGCCUCGCGCCCGCCACCGCGCGCCACACCCAGCACACCGGCAGCUUCUCCUCCGCGGGCUACGCAGGCUCGCGCCCGCCCAGCGGCCUGAGCCGGCGACGCACGCAGUUCCGGGGCCCGCCGCCCUCGUUCUACAGAGCGGGCGGGUAUGGCGCGCACGGCUCCAAGCGAACCACAGGACACGCCCACUCGCACGCUCAUGAACCCUCAGGACAGCCGGACGCAGACGCGUCGACGAGCACGGCGGGCGGGUUUUCGCCCGGGCAGCAGCACCACGGUGCCGCGGUGCCGCACUUCGACCACCGCGGGCACCGGCGCACGCACGAGGGCGUGUCGCAGCAUUUUGCGCGCAAGGCGGAGCGCGCGGGGGCGCAUUUCGCCGAGGACCUGGCGGGGAGCAGCGGGAGCAUGCUGUUUAACUUUGUGGCGGUGGGGAGUGCGGUCGUGGUGAUUAUGCUGAGCGCGGUGUGGUUUCGGCGGGAUGGUGGGGAGGCGGGGAGGAGGGCGAAGGGGAGGGGGAAGGAGAAGGAGGGGGGUUGA